AUGUGUGUCUCCUCCUCCACUCAGAGUGGGUCCCAUGCAACCAACAGGGGGUGCCAGCAUGCCCACUGCACCUCCUGUUACAGCAGAUUCUGCAGGGCGCCAGUGGAGGCCGGCAUGUGCUGUCAGCUGGUCCCGUGCUGUCUGCACUGUGGGGCACUCUUCCACCUGUGCAAAGAGGAGGAGCACCUGUUGCUGUGCCCCAAGGUCAGCGUACCCUGCCUCAACGCCGCCUACGGCUGCCCCGUCCAACUCCGACGCUCCCAGCAGGCGGGCCACCUGCAGGUAUGUCCCGCCAGCGUGGUGGUUUGCAGCAUGGAGUGGAACCGAUGGCCCGCCAGUGACGCGCACUCGCAUCCUAACCCAGAACUGCACUGGAACCUGCUGAGGGAGCGCCAGCAGGGGGUAGGCCAGGAUCAGGACCUGGACCUGGCCUUGGCCCUAAAAGACCAGGACCACUUGUUCCACUCACUGAAGAUGAGGAAGCUUUUCCCUGAGCUGACACGCAGCGUUGGUGAAGAGGAGGAAGAGGAAAGGAGGAAGCAGAAGGAGAGGAAGAGGAAAGAGGAAGAAGAGAAGAAGAGGAAGACCGCCAUGGCGGAGGCAGCAGGAAAGACUUGGGAACCUUUCGUCAACUUCCACCUCAACACUCCACCUGAGAAGGAAGAUGAGGAUGAUGAGGAAGAAGAGGAGCUCACUCAGGAGGAGAGGGAGGCUCUGGCCAGGGGGGGUGUGGGAGUGAGUGAGGCCCUGCUAAAGAACUACAACGCCUGGGAGAGCAUGUUUAGCAUGGCCAUAGGGGGCUGCAGGGAGGCCCGAGAGGCAGCGGUGGCGGGUGGGGGCCACCACCAGGCUGGAGGUGGCGUCAAGACACUGGGUGCCAUCAUGGUGGCAGAGACAGCCAGCACCUGCACACGGGUGGGCUUUGACUGGGGGGAGGCCCCCUUGUCCCGCCUGCCCAGUAAGAAUAACUUUGAGUACGGACACGUGGAGCCCAUGAAGAUUACCACCGUCAGAACCUUCAAGGUUCCCAGCAGUUUCUCCGCCAAGCAGGGUCGCAUCCGCAAUCCAGGAUUCUACAAGCGAGAAAGCAAGGCUGUUGACACCUGCGACCUGGGGGGGUUGCCAGAGGACAUGCCCAUCUGGGAGGAGGUCCAGGCAUCCCUGCUGUGCUCACUGGAGAAUGAGCAGCGAGGUCACCUGAUCGCAGAGAAGGUGUGCACAGAUGGUCUCCUCCAGGAUGAGGGCACACAGACGUACAACUUCCUUUCGGCUCCUUUCAGAAGGAACGCGUCGCUCGCAGACCUGACGGCCAAGAAGACGGCAGAGCUCCACCUCCAGCUGCAGGUGGAGAGCGUGAGCAGCCGCUACCACAAAGCUAGCUCCGCCUUCACCUUGCUGUGUGGACACGCCUUCCAGAGGAGGGACUAUGCUGCACAUUACAAGAACGUGCACAGUGACAUCCAGAUGUGUGUGAAUGGCUGGUUCCAGCAGAGAUGUCCGCUGGCGUAUUUGGGCUGCACCUUCAACCAGAAAAGGUUCAGACCAUCUAGCCAGGAGGCAAGCGUCUUCUUCACGGAAGAUCUGGGCUGCUUCCAGCUGCGUCCCACCAUCCCACCUGCUGCAUCUCCCUACGAUGCCUCAUGCGGGCCCAAUUUGAGCUUGCUGCCAUACGAAGUCCUGUGUCACAUGGCCAGCUUCUUGGACAGCCUGUCCCUGUCCCAGCUGGCUAUGGUGUCCCGUCUCAUGAGGCAGGUGUGCUCCUCUCUGCUGCCGAACCGAGGGAUGGUCACGCUGCACUGGCAGAGGACGUCCGGCCCUCAGGGUAGGGUCAGUUGGAAGGCUGAGCAGAAGGUGUGGCAUUUCAGCACAGCUUUCUCUCCCGUGGACACUUGGUGCUUCCGGGACGUUCCGUCCAUGUCAGAGCAUUUAAAGGUGUGUUCUUACUACGAGCGAGAGUCCAGGCUGGAGCAGGUUCAGCUGCCACCUCUAGCACAAAGUGAAAAGGUCAAAGUGCAAUCCAGUGAUUGAAUUCACUGAGUUGAACUUGAAUGUCUCCACUCACAACAUGACAUGUCAUUAUUUGUUGAAAUAAAACUAUCACGACCCAUGUCAUCAUUACCAAAAGAAAUCUAGCAAUACUCACAACGUGACAUCGUUAUUUAUCUAAAACAAUCAUCAAUCACUCACAAAUCAUUCGUCAGUGCUGAGGCUGCAGCCACGCUGCCUCUCACUAGUGGUUCAUACUGGUGUUGCUUGGCUUUCUGAGAACAAUAUACUUGUAGUUGUCUCUCAAUUGGUGCACUUCCGUACUACACUAGUCUUCUGAGUGCAUACAAUAUCUGCGCUGACACUGAGAAGUGAGUGUGCAGUGCUGGACAAUCGAGUUGUUGCAAUUCGCCAUUAAAAAAGGAGAGAAGAGGAAGGAGAAAAAGCGAGUGGACAUUGUGAUUUCCAGUAAGUGUGCAGUGACAGUAAUGGAUUUAGGACAGCACUACACGUUCAAAAUUCACGCCCUCAAGGACUAAGUACACAGUGUACCUAGUAGAAGUAUCUCAUUUGAAACACAGCCUCUUCCACUAAUUUCCACUGCUACGGUUUGCUAAUCAGCCGCCAGCAUGGCAACUAUUGAGGGUGGUAAGUGUCCAUCA